CCGGUGGGUAUCCGGAAAUGACGAGUCGAAAAGCCGAAAGUCACGCGCGAUAAAUGGAGAAAAGUUUUGACAGUUUGGUCCAAAAACUUCAGCGUCUGAAGGCUCGAUGAAGGAUUUAUUUGUGUGCUUUCUGUUGUUUGCGCCAUCUCGGCCGUCCGUCGCCGAAGAAGUCAGAGAAUGGCGGCUGACAGAUGUGCUGGCGGCCUACUCGCAGGGUCACGGCCCUCAGCACUCCCAUCGCUACGUCAGAGACUGUCAGCCCGUCGUCCACGGCAACACCACGCAUGAGACCUGGACCUCCAACAAGGACCCUUUGCUGCCCGUGGCCGAGUCCUACGUGUUUGUGUCACAUCUGCAGGACAGAGUAGUGAGCGGUCACUUCACCGUGGUCAAGGACCCGCUCAGGACCGUGUCCGUGCUGGAGCCCGGCCGUCCAGGAGGCUGCGAUCGUCACACGUUUGCCUCGGUGGAAAAAAGCUCGCGUGACGGGAGGUGUUUGUACGCCCAGAACGCCGGGUUCUUCAACACCCACACGGGCGAGUGUCUGGGCAACGUGGUGAGCGACGGCCGGCUGGUGAAGAACAGCGGCGGCGUGCAGAACGCCCAGUUUGGCAUCAGGAGGGACGGUACUCUGGUGUUUGGGUACUUGUCUGAGGAAGACAUCCUGGACCAGUCCAACCCCUUUGUCCAGCUGGUCAGUGGUGUGGUGUGGCUGCUCAGAAAGGGUGAAGUCUACAUCUCCUCCAGUCUGCAGGCGGAGUGUGACAAGACCCAGGAGACUGGUGUGUUCCAACAUUUCACCGACGUCAUCUCUGCCAGGACGGCCGUGGGCCACGACGCUCAGGGCAGGCUGAUCCUGUUGCAGCUGGACGGGAAGACCAAACAACGAGGAGUGAGUCUUUGGGAGAUGGCUGACCUGAUGAAGGAGAAGGGAGUCAUCAACGCCAUCAACCUGGAUGGAGGCGGGUCUUCCACCUUUGUGUCCAACGGCUCAUUAGCCAGCUACCCUUCUGACGAUUGUAAAGAAGACAAGCGUUGGCGUUGUGCUCGGCGAGUCUCCACCAUCUUGUGUGUCCACCCACGCCGCUGCCAGCUGGCAGACUGCGGCGCACACGGCGUCUGUGCCAACGGCACUUGUGUGUGUGAAGCGGGGUGGAGAGGACACAACUGCAGCCAAGCCACAGACGACACAAGCUUGAAGAUGGAAGACAACAUUUACCUGACAGAACCUUCCUGGCUGACCAUCUGCAUCAUUCUGAGCACGUUGCUGCUGCUCAGUCUGAUGCUACAGGUGUUGUGGGCGUGUCGCAGCAGGCUGUGCACACCUGAGCAUGGCGACUACGCUUACCUGCCUCUGACCACCAAUGCUGGAACCUCCUCAGUCGCCAUGGAGGAGUCCAGGAAAGACUUGAUUGAAGAUUCCCUCUCUCUGGAGUUAACAUGACUUCAAUCUUCUGGUGACAAAAAAGGUAAAACCUCAGGUUCUUUUUAUUUUAUUUUAAUUUAUUGCCAUAAAGUCUGCAUCCAGUGUUAAUAAGCACCUGAAUUCAAAGUUGGGAUUUAAACUAUUUGUAUUUCAAUGUGUGUCGGAUAUCUUAGUCAAAAGUUGUGUUAUUGCUCAUUAAUAAUUAAUAAUAAUGUUUGGCCACAACACCCAGCAAUAUGUUUGGAGGAGAAAUGGUGAGGCCUUUAAUCCCAGGCACACCACACCUACCGUCAAGCAUGGUGGUGGUAGUAUUAUGCUCUGAGUCUGUUUUGCUGCCAAUGGAACUGCUGCUUUAAAUGGAACAAAGAAAAAUGAGGAUUAGCUCCAAAUUGUUCAGGACAAACUAAAAUCAUCAGGUUGGGAGGUUGGGUCUUGGGCACAGUUGGGUGUUCCAACAGGACAAUGACCACAAACACACCUCAAAAGUGGUCAAGGAAUGGUUAAAUCAGGCUAGAAUGAAGCUUUUAGAAUGGCCUUCCCAAAGUCCUGACUUAAAGGUGUGGACAAUGCUGAAGAAAGAAGUCCAUGUCAGAAAAGCAACACAUUUAGCUGAACUGCAGCAAUUUUGUGGUCCAAAAUGUGCACAGAAAUUUGUGGAUGGCUACCAAAAGUGCCUUAUUGCAGGUAAACUUGCCAAGGGACAUGGAAGUAAAUAUGAACAUUGCUGUAUGUAUACUUUUGAUCGUUCACAUUUUCAGUAGAGACAUAAUAAAUUCAUAAAAGAAGCAAAAA